AUGUUUUCAACUAGCUCACAAAGAAAGUUUUGGACAUUUAGUGACGAAAAUGAAUUAGCAAGCCAUCGAGAAAAGCACAACUUAGAGUUUAUUUCAAGACAUGGACAGAAUUUAGAUGAACAACAACGUUACAAUUAUUUUUUAUCUCCAGAAGAGGAAAGACUUUUAUUAAAGCAGUAUGAGCUGCAUUUAAAAGAAUUCUGUAAAAGAUUCCAGCCUCCUAUGCCUAAAGGAGUUAUUGGUACAGCGUUUCAUUACUUCAAACGUUUCUAUCUUUACAAUUCUUCUAUGGACUAUCAUCCUAAAGAAAUUCUCGCUACAUGUGUGUAUUUAGCAUGCAAAGUAGAAGAAUUUAAUGUAUCCAUUGGACAAUUUGUUGCUAAUAUUAAAGGUGACAGAGAAAAAGCUUCUGAUAUUAUUUUAAACAAUGAAUUACUUCUAAUGCAGCAGUUAAAUUAUCACUUGACUAUCCACAACCCUUUCCGCCCUGUUGAGGGUUUCCUUAUUGACAUUAAGACAAGAUGCUCUCUGGCAAACCCAGAGCGGUUACGUUCAGGAAUUGAUGAGUUUCUAGAAAAAGUCUUUCUCACUGAUGCUUGUCUUUUGUAUGCUCCUUCACAAAUAGCAUUAGCAGCUGUGUUGCAUGCAGCCAGUAAAGAACAAGAGAACCUGGAUAGUUAUGUGACUGAUAUGUUGUUUAGAGAUGCAGGACCCGAUAAAUUAGCAGUUUUAAUAGAAGCUGUUAGAAAAAUUAGAUCAAUGGUUAAAAUGGUUGAGAGUCCUCCUCGUGAACGAGUAAGAGGCAUAGAAAAGAAAUUGGAUAGAUGUCGAAAUCAGGAGAACAAUCCUGAUAGUGAGAUAUAUAAACAGAGAAUCCGUGAAGCUUUAGAUGAGGAUGAUGUGCAGUACACUGGUACUAGUAGAAUGUCAUUAGAUACAAGUGGAGUAACACAAGUGUUGUCUCCGUCAGCAUCUUAA